AUGACAAGUGCAGCUGGCUACUACAUCUAUGCCGGCUUCGUGCCGCUGCUGAAGACGUUCCUCACGAUCCUCUCAGGCUAUGUACUUACCCGCAAUGGGUUAUGGACGCCUCAAGGGGCAAAGGGGUCAGCAGUGGUGAACGUCAAUGUUGCAUUACCAUGUCUGGUCUUCUCCAGUAUUGUUCCGGCUUUCAACAGCACAAACAUCGCAUUCCUCGGACCAAUAUUCCUCAUGGCGUUCUUUUAUAUUUUCGCCGGUCUCUUGAUGACCCUGAUCCUGCGUGAAAUCGUCUUCGUACCCCGCCAAUUCCGCUGGGGCCUCAUCACUUGCGGCGCUAUGUCGAACUGGAACAACCUCCCGACCGCAGUACUCAUGACAAUAUUCAUGCACACCCCGUUUAACGGCACCCCAGACACGCAGCUCGGUAUCGCCUUCAUCGCUGUGUUUAUCGUUGCUUUCCAAAUCAGCUACUUUGCCACGGGGUUCUGGAAGACCGUGGCUUGGGACUUUGCGGAUGCAGAUAAAGUCCCUUUCGAUGAGAACGGGUAUGAGAUACCGGAGUCGAUCAAAGAGAGGUGGGAGAGGAGGAGCAGGUCGAUGAAGAUGCUUUGGGCAAGGAUCAGGGGCAGGAAGCAGCCCACAGUGGAGCACGACCCAGAGGCGUACGGGGAGGACACGACGCUGACUUCGCCAGAAAUUGAAGACCAGAUGGAAAAGGAUAUUAUCCAUGACCAGGAGAAAGCGGCGGCGAGCACUGAGGCGGAGGCACUGGCUGGUGAGCCGGGCCUCGGACGACUUCAUCCCCCACACCCGCACCCGCACUCACAGCCGCACGCGACUCCGUCGACGUCUGCACCUACAAAGAGGCUGAGUCCAACUCCUUCCUCAACCAGUGUUACGUUACCCCCUUCCCAUGCCAAUGCACCAGCGCCCGCCCCCAGUUCACAACCGCCUUCCCGCUUUGUACCACACUUCGUCCGACGGUGGAAAGCACAACUGGCCGAGCGCCUAUCACCCUUCACCACUCGCUUCGCGCGGUUCUGGGCGCAUCCCGCCUCUAUACCCUUCCACCUCGUCUGGUUCAUGCUGAAAAACUCAACUUCCCCAGUAACCUUGUCCAUCCUGCUUGCCUUGCCAAUCUCUCUGAUCCAGCCGCUCAAGGCACUCUUCGUGGAGCUUGAGCCAGGAUCCAAAUAUUACGGCUUCGCAUUGGGUCCAGACGGAAAUCCUUGUUUGCAGUUCAUCUUAAAUACUGCGAGCUUUAUUGGAGGAAUAUCCGUGCCUCAGGGCCUGAUGCUACUGGGGAACAGUUUCGCUCGCAUGACGAUCCCUCGGCCGAUAACCAAACUCCCGAUAAUGGCCGCCCUCGGGAUGACCGCCAUCAAAUGCGUGAUUCUUCCGGUAGCCGGCGUCGCCCUCACUCAAUACCUCACCUUCCACACUUCUCUCAUCCCCCCGGACGCAUAUGCUCUACGUUUUGUCAUCAUGUUCCUGUCGGGCACCCCAGGCGCGGUGAAUCAGCUUGUUAUCACCCAGCUUUAUUCACCGGAUGGGAAGGCGGACACGCUGGCCGCUUUUUUGCUUGUCCAAUACAUCUUCAUGUUUAUCGGCUCGAGCGCUCUUGCCGCCAUCAUUCUGAGCAUGUUGUAA